UCGCUCAAGCCAAAUGAGGAGGGUUUUGUUGAAUAUUUACUGGAAGCACAUGGCGCGCGAACAGCGGCCGCCCAAUGAAACGCGGAGCAGGUGAAGACGCUCCGGAUUGGUCGAGAACUCAGUGCACACAUUCUGAUCUGAGAGAAAGAAAGACUGCUGGACACCGGCGGAUGAGAGGAGGAGAGCGGUCCAAAACAACUGUCUGGAAGGAAAGAUACGAAGAAACAUGGAGUCUAACAAGAAGCGAACGUUUCCUGACUUUUCUGGAUCAUGGAAAAUUACAAGUUCCGACAAUUUCGAGGAACUUUUAAAAGCUAUCGGAAUAAAUGCCUUCCUACGCAAGAUUGCAGUUGCAGCAGCUUCCAAACCAGCUGUUGAGAUUACACAGCAGGGGGAACGUCUCUCCAUUCAGACCUCCACGAGUGUACGGACCACUCAUGUGUCCUUCACGGUGGGCAAGGCCUUCAACGAGACUACAGUGGAUGGACGCCUAUGCACAAGUUAUCCAGAAUGGGAGACGGACCGUAAAAUCACUUGUGAGCAGAUACUGCACUGUGGGGAGGGCCCUAAGACAUCAUGGACACGUGAACUGACCAUUGAUGGCAAGAUGAUUCUCACCAUGAGAGUCGGAGAUGUCGUCUGCACCCGUGUGUAUGAACGAGACUGAAGGAUCUUUAGAUUUCAGUUAAUCUGGUUUAUCAUUGAGCAAGCCUAUUCCUUCCACAUUUGACAUGUGCCAGAGAAGGAGAGAUGUUUGAAGGCUCAGAGGUGGUACUUGUAGAAAGAUGGUAGCGAGUUUGCAUUGUUCUUUUGGGUGCAUUAACUGAGAAAUGUAAUAAUUAUUGGUGCUUGUGGAUUUUAUGUUGCAGUUUCAUGCCACAAUGGCUUAUCAAUCCAAAAUGUUUUAGGCAAUAAACCUUUAAUUUAUAAACUCCCAAAAAUCUCAUUAUUCACUGUUUUCCUCUUGCCUGGAUAGAAAUGUAUAUGACACUGUCCUUGGUUUCACUUUUACACUUAUUUUCUGACUCAUUCCUUUUCUUCAGAGCGCUCAUUGUAUCUGUUGAUUUCUGUCUGAUCCAACAACACUAUAAAUGUAAAUGUCAUGAGUGUACAUCAGUUGUUGAAUUAUUUCCUGGCAAAGAGUAAUGGGAGAAUGAGGAAGGGGUAUGGAAAGAGUGAGCAAAUGUUAGAAAUCUUGUGCUUUAUUCUGAAUCUAGAGCACAGUAAAUGAUGCAAAAAGCUGCUGAUGA